UGCACAGACCAAAAGGCAGCUGAUGAAAGGCUGUGACUAAAUUAAGCAGACCUGGAGCCUGGAUCUGGAAGAUGGCUGCAUUUCUUCCCAGAUGCAAAGAAUUUCCUAACUCAUUUCAUAUAGAAGAAACCCACUUAUAACCAGAAAAGAAGGACUGUUUUACUGUAUUGUAAUACCUUUCAGAUCAGAAUAAAUAGUUUCCACAGUGUUUCUAUGAUUCAAUGGGAAACGGCUCACAUGUGACAGGAUUCAUACUCAGAGGACUGACUGAUGAUCCACAGUUGCAACUCAUCCUCUUUGUGAUACUUUUUAUUCUUUAUGCUAUCACCUUGUUGGGGAAUGUGGGCAUGAUUGUUUUAAUCAGGAUCAGUCCUCAACUCCACACACCAAUGUACUUUUUCCUCACUCACUUAUCAUUUGUGGAUAUCUGCUGUUCAUCAGCUAUCACUCCAAAAUUCCUAUGCGAUCUUUUAAAAGAGAAGAAAAGUAUUUCUUAUGCUGGUUGUUUUACUCAAAUUUACUUUUAUGGUGUAGUUUCCACUGCAGAGUGUUUCCUCCUAGCUAUCAUGGCGUAUGACCGCUAUGUAGCCAUUUGUCACCCUCUACUUUAUCUGGUCACCAUGUCCCAAAUAAAAUGUGUUCAACUAGUAAUCAUUUCCUACAUUACUGGGCUCCUACAUUCCUUAGUGCAUAUCAUUCCUGCAUCUCUGUUGUUUUUCUGUGGACCAAACAUCAUUAAGAAUUUUUACUGUGAGGGUCCUGCACUAUUACAACUCGCCUGUUCAGAUAUCAGUUUAAAUAAUCUGUUGAAAUUAGUAUUUAUUGGCUUCACUUUAAUGGCAACAAUCCUGGCUAUUCUCACAUCCUACACUUAUGUCCUGAUCACCAUUUUAAAGAUGCACUCUGCCAAGGCUCGGAGGAAAGCCUUCUCCACAUGUACAUCGCACCUCAUGGUCAUCACCAUUUUCUACGGGGGUCUUGCGUUUGUUUAUGCACAACCUGGCAAGUCUCAUUACACUAAUCAAAUAGCUUCUGUGUUGUAUGUAGUAGUGACUCCGAUGAUCAAUCCCUUGAUCUACAGUCUGAGGACCCAGGAUGUAAAGGUUGCCUUCAAAAAACUUCUGGAAAAACAAUUGCAUUCCUUUUUUAUACCAAACACUGAGCUACAUUAACAUAUAGAAAUAUAGAGGAAUAUAUAUGUAUAUUAAUAGUUUGUGUUUCUGUGUGUGCUAUUUUAAAAAUCUCAGAUAUAAUAAGAAUGAUGAGACAUAAAUUCCAAACUGGAAUUCUAAUAUGCUCAUAAAGAGCAAGACUGUGAUUUUAAAUCUUCAUGUUAAAAACAAAUCAUUUCAACCAAGAUUUGGUCUGGUCUGUCUUCUGUGACAUUUUGACUCAAUUAUUGCUGCUUCAUUUUAUGUGCCAUAAACAUUUUGUUGCUUUUUGUAAUAAAA